UUGGAAAUUGGUUUCACCAGCGUUGUCACCCCUCAAACCUUGUCACAUUUACUAAUGGGCAAUAAAAAUAUUUCCUAUGUUGGUUGCAUGAUACAAUCUUUCUUGUACUUCUAUCUGGGCACUACAGAGUUUUUUCUCUUAGCCAUCAUGUCCUAUGAUCGAUACCUAGCCAUCUGUAACCCCCUACGCUAUCCAUCCAUCAUGAGCAAGAGUUUGUGCACCUCCCUUACGCUUUGUUGCUGGAUUGCAAGCUUUCUCCUCAUCAUUGGUCCAUCUGUGGUCUUCCUACAGUUUCCAAUGUGUGACUCAAAUAUCCUGGACCAUUUCUUUUGUGACAACACUCCUCUGAACCACCUUGUGUGUGGGGACACCAGACUUCUUGAACUUUUGGGGUUCAUCACUGCUUCUCUUUCAUUGCUGGGGACUUUGACCAUUUCAGUGGUGUUCUAUAUCAACAUCAUUAAAACUGUCUUGAGCAUCCCGUCUGCUAGAGGUAGAAAGAAAGCAUUUUCUACUUGUUCUUCCCAUUUCAUUGUUGUCUCCAUCACCUAUGGGAGCUGCAUCUUCCUUUAUAUCAAUCCAGCCCAGGACAGCAAAAUGGAGUUAGCCAAAAUGGUGGCUAUCCUGAACACAAUUGUUUCCCCUCUGCUCAAUCCUUUCAUUUACAGCUUGAGAAACAAACAAGUUCAGGAAGCCUUGAAAGAUCACAUUUCAUUCAUCCUCCAUCUAGACCCUUAUGGCCUCCAGGCCCUUGGACAGCCCCGCAACAGCAUCACCAGAGAUGUAUAUCUGG